AGUCAGGGAGUGGACCGGGAUCUGGGGAGACGGGUGGCGUGGGUACGGAGUCCGGCGCGGGAGGGUCCCAUCCCUGGCAAGUUCUGCAGCCCCCGAGGGUCAGGCUUCCGGCGGGCGCCAUGGCCCCCACCCUGCCGGCGGGAGGAGGCGGGGAGGUGGAUGCGCCCGCCGCCGUGAGUCAGGCUUGGGCUGCAGCCGCACGGCCGGGCUGGCGCUGCGGAGGGAGCGCAGGCAGCGGGGGAGGCAAAGCCGCCAGCCCUGCGCCCUCCCCGCCCGCUGCCCCGCGUGCUCCCCGCACCGAGGUUGGGCCGCUGGGACGCGGAGCCGCCGGACAGACAGCGGCCCGCGGGACGGUGGAAGGACGCGCGGUCGGAGCUCAGGCCCGCCCGCCCAAGAGUCGCCCCCCCAGGGCCUCGGCCAGUGCCCAGCCCCGCUGGGAGCUCCGGCCAGCACCACGGACGGCACCCAGGAAGUCCGAGUGCCCCUGGACGGGGCCUUCUGGAUUCCCAGGCCCCCGGUAGGUUCACCCAAAGGCUGCUUCGCCUGCGUGUCCAAGCCCCCUGCCCUGCAGGCGCCGGCGGUCCCGGCCCCUGAGCCCUCGGCCUCGCCCCCCAUGGCGCCCACUCUGUUCCCCAUGGAGUCCAAGAGCGGCAAGACGGACAGCGUGCGGACCGCCGGCGCCCCCCAGGCCUGCAAGCACCUCGCGGAGAAGAAGACGAUGACGAACCCCACGACGGUCAUCGAGGUCUACCCAGACACCAGCGAGGUGAACGACUACUACCUAUGGUCCAUCUUCAACUUUGUCUACCUCAACUUCUGCUGCCUGGGCUUCAUCGCUUUGGCCUACUCCCUCAAAGUUCGGGACAAGAAGCUUCUCAACGACCUGAAUGGAGCGGUGGAAGAUGCCAAGACGGCCCGGCUGUUCAACAUCACCAGCUCCGCCCUGGCCGCCUCCUGCAUCAUCCUGGUUUUCAUCUUCCUGCGGUACCCACUCACCGACUACUGAGGGCGCCGGCCCCACCUGCCGGCUCUGGAGACAAAGCCCCAGCGUGUUCAUUUCCAUGAUGGAUGCGACGUGACGCAGGGUGCCAUGGUUGGGGCAGAGCAGGCGUCUGCCCUGGGCCCCCUGAAGCUGUGAACCAGCAGCGAGGCCACCAGAAGCUCCGUAUAGUAAGGGCACAGCGAGCUUUGUGCCGGCCACCGCCCCCCCCGCCCUGGUCCUCCACCUGCUUCUGGGGUCUGUGGUUUCUCCCUGGGCUGCUGCACCCUGGCUCCCAGUGGCUGCACCCCCUGCCCUCCUGUGCCCCUGCCCAGGCUCCUGGGACCCCUCUGAUCCUGACACACAGCAAGAAGGGCUUCUGUGGGAGCUUCCCAGUAUGAGGGGCUGCCGGCAUCUGGGGACUCCCUCUAUCUUCCCGGACCCAGCCUCCUCCAAGCUGUGACCCUGCUCCUGUAUCUGUGAAUUUCCAAUAAAAGUCCUGCCCAGCUCCCA